CGCCGUUGCUACCGAUGACGGAGGCACUCUCCGAGUACGAACUGGCCCGCCUCGAGACCAUCCGCAAAAACCAGCUCGCGUUCGAGAGCAUGGGCCUCGGCGAUGCAGUCGCCGGCCUGCGUGCCGCCGCCUCCAGGCCCAAGCUGCCCAAGGCGCGAAGCAAGAGGCCGGCUGCCGACCCAUCCGCACGCCGCAGCUCUCGCCGCCUGUCUGGCGAGGCCGCUGCCAACGGGGGACUCGUCGACUCGGAUGGCGAGAAGGACCAUCCCGCGUACCGCGAUCCGAACGACGUCUCGGCCAUGACGGCGCCAGAGCUCAAGGCCUGGUGCGACGCGCUUCGUGCGGAUGUGCUCCGCAUGGCGUGGGUGGAGCGGUUGGGCGAGGAGGAGAUGCGGCGGCUGGACGGCGCACAGGAGUGGCUCGCGCCAUUUGUGAUCUUCACUGCGCGCUUCGGCGGCAAGGGCGAGUCGUCCCUCUCGCGCCAGAACCUCAAGUCCGUGCUGAAGCAGGUCUUCUGCCUCGUCUCCGGCGCUGGCGUGACGACGGAGAAGCGAGGCGGCGCCUUCGGCAAGGGGCGGCCGAUCGGACUCGGCAUCCAGGCGGAGCAGGUGGACGCGCUGCGGGCCGAGGCGCAAGUGUGGAUGCCUCAAAAGCGCGCGCCGGAGGACCUGGUCGGUCGGACCGUCGGCGGAGAGAGGAUCGUCAAGCAGCCAGAUCGCGGCCCCUUCGACACGUCCAACGGCUGGCUGCUCAACCACCCGCUCAUGAAGAUCCGGCUCUACUGCGAGCACCUGGACGAGCUCAAGGAGAUGGGGCACGAAGCGACGAUGCGGCGGCUGACGGGAGACGGCGCGUGGGAGCCGGCGAGCAUCGCGGACGUGAAUGAGGACGGCACGUACGAUGUCGCGCUGGCGGCGGGAGCAGCAGACGCGGGGAAGAUGUUUAGCGAGGUUGAGGCGGCGCAGAUCCGGCUGCGGGCAUGAUUUGGCGCGCUUGGUGUGGGUCCGUGGUCUCCUGCAUCACCGCGCACUCGCCGGUGCGGGCGACUUGGAGCAGCUGUGCGUAAACGGAAACACAAGUUUUGCGUUUGGUU